AUGUUAUUGGCCAAGUAGUUAACUUCGGAUCUCUGGAAAACAAAGUCAUAAAAGGAAAGGAUAAUUUCAGGCUAUUGAUUGAGUUAAGGGAUCAAAAUGAUUUGAAGUUGAUGUGUACUCUUUGGGGCUGUUAUGCUAAACAAGUAUAUGAUUACAGUAUCUUAAACAUGUCCACAAUGAUCAUUGCUCUAAUCCGGUUUUGUUCCAUUAAAGAGUGGAAAG